ACUUGUCAGACGCCGAAUUCCACUUCACUCUGGUCUACUACAGCAGCAGUUGGACGACGAGACGACAGGAAGGUGUCCUGUGAACACUUAAAAUUGGGCGACAUUUUGGGCAGAAUUCAGGAAGUAACGUGGUGAUCGGUUUCAGGGGAGAUAUUUCCGUAGUAUGAAUGAAGGCUGACCUGACAUUGCACAGACCAGACAGACAGUUGCUGAGACUUUCCUGGUGAAUGAGACACAUUUAUUGAAGACAUUUUGCAUUGUGCACAUUCUGCAUUUUGUGAAAGUGUAGAAACUAAGGGCUUACAGCCUUUCUUUUCGGUGCCAUGAAGUUUCCAGUCAUUUGCAUUUGUGUGAUAGUGACAGGGAGCCUAUGCUUGGCUACCUUCACCCACGUGAGAAGAAGGGAAGAGAUACGUCUGGCCAGAGAAGCCAACUUUGAGGACAUCAAGAACACAGUGACCAAAGAUGUCUUGGGUGAGACCAUGCAGCAGUUGUCCAACACGCACGACAAGCUGGAGAAGAUGAAGACAGGUCUAGUGGAGCUCAAAGGAAUAUUUGAGUCCCAGAACACUGAGGCAGGGAAGAUGAACCUUGAUGUAGACGAGUGCCAAGGAGAAGAGAAACAUGUAGCUGAUGCACUUGCUGACCUAGAGGCUCAAAAAAGCAAUGGGAACAGUGAGUUUGAGAAACAGAAAGAAGACUGGAACAAAGACUUAGCUUCUUUAAAACAAGAGGCUAGCCAGAGGAGUAAAGUAUGUGAUUACAUCCUCAUGACCUCUGAGGAAGGAAAGAAACUGUGUGGGAUAAAACCAGACGUGGCAGCCGUGGCAGCCGUGGCAGCCGUGGCAGCUGAGGCAGCCAAACUGGAAAAUGUGGAACCACAAGUAGAAGAAACAAAGGUCAAAAUCCCGGAAGCCCCCAAGGAAAGAUGAGUGGCUGCCACCUCUGGAGCGCCAUGGAGACGGUCUCCAUUCAGAUGACGAGCAGAGAAAAGAUGACGAAGGAGAUGAAGAUGACGAAGGAGAUAAAGAUGGCGAAGGAGAUGA